ACAUUGUUUUUGUUAUUUUUGAUUGUUUAUAACAAUUUUGGCGUUAAAAAGAAAAUAUUGAUGGAUGUAUUCGACGAGCGCACCCACAGUCUGCUCGAAGUGGUUAGUCAUUUGGCGUUUCUGUUGGGCGCCGAGGAGAAUGGACCAAAACGGCCAACAGCUGCUUCUGUGGCCAAGAAGCGCAGCCAGAUUUUCGAUUCUCUGCUGCGAAAUGGCACAAUGCCCGCCUCCAUGAAGGAGGCGCUCUUGCGGCAAGUGUGCCGGGACACCAGGAGCGAUCGAAAGGACGAAACAAUACGCCACUUCCAGGAGAUACUCGGCUGUAAGGAUCCAUUCCUCGAAACUGCUAGGGUUCCUUUGCAGAAGGAAUCUGAGUGCAGCAAGGAGUCCAGGUUCAGGGUCAAGCUGUUGCAGCCAGGACCACUGCAGCUAAAUAAACCAGCCGAGGGCAGUGAUGGUUACGCCAGCCUAAGUGAUCAUAAACAAAGGAUGUUAACCUCCGUCGAUGAUUUGCGACGGAAAGGCAACCCACUCGAUUUCAAGCCCCGCUUUGAUUUAGUAUUCAUCAGACGUGGUGAGCAGCGCGUUCCCCCCAAGCGCUUGCACUUGGUGGCCCCCUCCGUGACCUGCUCCGCCUUCUCAGAGUCCAUGGCACGUAUUAGAGGGUCCAAGGACCAAACGAUGCGCAUAACAUAUCGUCUGCCGCUGCCAAAGAAAAGGCCUUCGCCUGAUGAAACGGCCCGGGACAAGCUGAAGAACAACUUUAUCGCCGAGAGUAAGCCUGAGAAGCACUUCUUCUCGGAUAUCAGCAUGAGCAACGAACUGUUGCUCCACCUGAACAAAGAUUUGGUGCUGUACUACGUCGACCAGGCGGUGUUCAUUGAUCACUUGAAGAAGGCAGCAGCAGGCCUGCAAUCGGAGACGUUCGAGUGCCCAGCCGAAGCCAAGGAUCUACUCCAAAUAAAAAGAAACACCACGGUGCGAAAUGUGCUACCCGCGGUGAUGUCCGAUUUUGUAGAACCGUUUGUAAGGUCUGGCAUCGCCUUUCGCCGCCUGAGUGCUCGCAUCAAGAGUCAAAGUCACCGCCUAGAGGGACCACUUAAUCGGGCCAUGCGGGACACCAUAAUUGAUUUUUUGGCCACCAAUCGGCAGUUUCUUCUUUCCCUGCCCGCUGAAAGCUUCUCGCAGCUGCUGGUAGGAGCCAAACCUGCUAUGCAACUGCUGCAGCAUCUCGAGAGAAUGUUCGAGGCAGAACCCAGUCUAAACUUGGAAUCGGGUGUGACUGGGACAUUCCUACUGACCAGCAUUGGAACGGCCAUCGAAAAGUGCAGCAACAGCAACUUCCUGCAGCUGCUGAUGUAUCUGCUGAAGUGCAUGUGUCAGACAUACUUCGCCCAGCUUCAGCGAUGGGUCUACAGGGGCGAGCUGGACGAGGAGGUGAACGAGAUCUUCAUCAGACGCCGUGCGCCAUUGGAUCGACAAACCGACGAGUGCAGCAAAGAGUUCUUCGACAAGGGCUACCAGGUGCACGGGGAGGAUGUACCCGACUUUUUGUCAGGCUGCGAAAACAUCAUUCUCCAGUGCGGGAAGUACAAUCGCCUGCUCAAGGCUUGCAAUGCUCAGCAUCCCGUCUUCGAUGUUGCCUAUCCCGAUAUAGUUGUCUGCCUCUCGGAGCAGCAGCUCACGGCCAUGCGCACGAGCUUGAACGAUAAAUACAGCAGUAUCCGUAAAACCUUCGGGAAGUGCAGCAUGAAAAGCAUCUAUGAGGAGCGGAUGGCAUCCAAGCUUCGGUACAAGAACCUCAUGGUCGAGAAAACGGCUUCUUUUAUUGCCGCCUGGGAGGAGGAGCGGCGCGAGCUGCUCCUGGAAGCGAAUGCCAAGAAGCAGCAGCGCUACAAUCAGAUACACGCGGAGCAGGAACUCCAGCAAAAGAAUCGUGUCGAACAGCGCCGCCUGGAGGUGGUCCAAGAAAUUCAGCAUCAGCGGGAGCGUGAACGCUACGAGGAUCAUCUUCUGGAGCGGGAGAAGCUGGCCCUGUCAAAUCAAAUACAAGUUCUACGUCAGCGAGAAGGGGCAGCGGAGAAUGCUUCCGGAUGGGAGAUGGCCGUUAGCCCGGAUCAUAGUUCAAAUACCAGUUUUAAAUCGUGCUUUGAAGCCCCAGACGCAGACGCCGAUGCAGAUGAAAACGCAGAUGCGGUGCACCCUCCUUCAUCAGACGAUGAAGAACAAAAUGCCAUAUGUUCAGAGGCAGAGCCAGUUCCUGUGGCUGUCGUGCCAUAUCAAAGAAGUCACUCGGAUGUUCUCAAUUCCAACGAAGAAGAGCCCUCUGAACCCUCAGAGCUGGAUCGCAAUCGCAAGCACAUGUUGUCCUCCGCCCUGUUGCAGGAAUGUCAAUCGGAGGUGCAUCUGGAGGAGCCCUCAAGCUCAGGCACAGAGCUACGGGCCCUCCUGCCUCCGGACAUUAACAUGAACCUCAACAGAUUGAAGGACACCACGGAGCAGAGUGAUCUGCAGCGCAACCGCCAGCGUAUGUUACAGCAUGAUGGCUUCAAUGCCUUCAACUCCACAGAGGAUGUGCACACCCAGCGCGUCAAGUGCCAGCUGAGCUCGGACUCGGAGCUGGCCAGGAAUAGGCGCCGGGUUAUGGCAAGCGAGUUUGAUAUUCCGAGUGUAUGCAGAAAAGCCACCAUCAAAAUGACCUGCAUUGCGGAGAACGGCCUGCACUUGCCACUCGAAAUGAACAAGCUGCAUGUGGAGGUGCCUCUGGAUGCCGGUACUCCCAUGUCCACCACAUCAGAUGUGGAUAUCGAUGGGCUUUCCGACCACAAUCUCUUUCAAAAAGAUGGUCCUGAGCCAGAUGCAGCGGAUAACAACAACAGCCAGGAUCCUUUGUUGGCUUUGUCGGCCACUCCAUUGCCUGCUGAACCUGCAGCAGUGUUUGUAGCUAGAAGAGCAUCUUUAGUACCCAGCGGACUCUCAGCUCUUCGCUGGCCAACGAAUGGCCAGAUAGGAAAGAUAGGGGAAAGGGCGCAGCCCCAGACCUUAGUCGCCUCGGUGCCGGAGUCGUGUAAUCCAUUUAUGGCCAGGCGCUGUCUUCAGAUGUCCGUGCUGGAGCCGGUCAGUGCACACUAUGCGCUGCUUCGCAACGAGGUGCUGCGCAUCUUCAAGGAGCAGCGCGUCUACGAGCACUUUCGCAUGCUGCGGAACUACUUCUUUCUGCUCAACGGCGAGUUUGGGACACAGCUCACGGGGGGCAUUUUGGACCACAUUAGUAAGGGCCAGGAUCCGCGCAGCCUCUGCCAGAAAGGCGUGCUGGACGCUAUUCUCAACAACGCGCUCGGAGGCUGUGCGGCAACCGACGACGCCCUCGUGGCACAGAAUCUCACACUGGACUGCACAAAGAUACCGGAGGGCUUGGAUUUCAUGUCGCUGGAUGCCACGGCCAUGCUGACGCUAAAUUGCAAGGUGAAUUGGCCGCUUAAUUUGGUAAUUAGCGGCGAGACAAUCGCCAAGUAUGGGCAGAUCUUCGAGCAUCUUCUAAAGCUGCGUCACGUCACCUUUGUGCUCGAAGGCGCCUUCCAGCACCUGCAGCUCCUGGCCAAGCUGCACGGAUCACCACUCCGCGCUGCGAACCACUUUAGGCACCUGCAGGCGGUGCGCCACAAGUUGUCACACUUUAUGACCACAUUACAGACCCAUCUCGUGGCGAAUGCGCUGCAGGCCACCUGGAACGCCUUCAAGAAGGAGUUGUGUGGCUGCGACUCCAUCGAGGGUCUCUACAGGCUGCAUGUGGCAUAUUUGAAGCGGGUGGCAUUCCUGGCGCUGCUCAAUCGUCGUAGCACCAAGAUCAAGGAAACCAUUGACGGCAUUCUUGUGAUUGUUUUGCGGUUUUGCAAGGUUCUAGAGUCGCAGUCUUUUGCUAUGGAGGGAGAAGUGUUUGUGCAUCCGCGCUACAAGCGCCUUGUGCACGAGGAGGCAGAGUUCGAGAAGUUCCUGCAGUACUUCAUCUACUUGGGCAACAAGCUGGCUGCUUCCGGGUACCAAGAAGAAAUCGGAGACCUGAUACGUGUUAUUAAUUUCAACAACUAUUACAAGUUAUCUGAGGGUUCCACAUCGACCAGCAAAAAAUAGAUGUAGCUAAUGUGCGUCCGAAUCUGUUGAUCGAUUCAUUGAACCAAGCAAGUGAGAUAGUAUUCAAUAGAUUUUAAGGAUUGUAAGAAUGUAUGAAUGCUGCUUAAAAAAUAACAGAAACUUGAGAAUCUGUAGCUAGGCAAUGAAUGGAGUUAAAUUAUUAUUAAGUUAAAUUAUGUUGAAUUUUUCCCAAAUGUUUUAAAGGAAUAAAAAAAAGCCUUGUCACUAGGCCAUCAUUAUUCAGAA